AUGGACAAAUUCAAAAACUACCUCCAGGGCUUUACCCGGAGCACUUUUGGGCUUGAAAACAUCAAAGGCGGCCGCCACGUGAUCCACUGGCGGCUUACAGAUAUUCUUUUCGUGGCCCUUCUUAUGGUUCUCUACCCUAUAGUCAACGAUCUUCAACCUUUCCAGCGGCAGUUCUACAUCAACGAUCUUACCAUCUCACACCCGUUUGCCGAACAUGAGCGUGUGACUAGCGACGAGCUUUUUUGGUAUGCUGCCUGGAUCCCGCUUCUGGCCAUCGCUGUUCUUUCUCUUGUGAUCACGAAGCCGAAAAACAAGCUUUACGUCACGUACGUGUCGGUAUUGGGCAUUUGCAUAUCUACGCUCACGUCCAGCAUCAUCACAGGCGUGCUCAAAAACGCCUUUGGCCGCCACAGACCCGACUUCCUCGCCCGCUGUAUCCCAAAGGCAGACGCACCAAAAGACAUCAUGGUGUUGGCCAAAGAUGUGUGCACGACAGACAACAUCGACCGUUUGAUGGACGGCUUCCGCACGACGCCGCUGGGCCACUCGAGCAUUGCGUUUGGCGGUCUUCUUUACUUGCUGUUUUGGCUUCUGGGCCAACUCACAGUUACACGGCCGCAAACAGGCGCAUGGCGCUCUGCAUUGGCUUUCUUGCCUACUUUGGGCGCCAUGUUGAUUGCCUUGAGCAGAACGGAAGACUACAGACACCACUUUAUUGAUGUUUUUGUCGGGCUGGUUCUUGGAGCAGUGAUUGCCACGUGGCUGUACUUUCGGCUCUUCCCUAGCUUUGGCGCUUUACGAUGCUACGAGCCACGUCUACUUAUUGACCAGGAGGAGAUAGCCCCAGAGUCUGGGUACCUGCCUGUAGAGGAGGUUUGA